AUGGGAACAGCUUGUCAUAACUUAAAUGGAAAAAUUUGGUUAUUUGUGGAAGAUAGAUUUCAGAUGAAAGUACAAAUGGACACAGAACAGCUACUAUCAUUCAAACUCACAUAUAUUGAUGAUGGACAUGAAAUACAUGUGACACUAGUACAUGCUAGCACAGACAGACAUACUAGAAUAGCUCUAUGGGAUGAUCUAUAUACCAUUGCAACAUCUAUGACUAGCCCAUGGUUAGUAGGUGGAGAUUUCAAUGUUAUUAUUGAUGAUCUUGAAAAGUAUGGGGGAUUGCCAGUACAAUUCAAUGAAACUGAAGACUUUAUUCACUGUAACAAUACUUGCCAGCUAACAAACUUGGGCUUCAAAGAAAGUAUGUACACAUGGUGGAAUGGUAAAACAGAUGCAGCCUGCUUAUUUAAAAGACUUGACAGAUGCUUGGGGAAUCAAGCCUUGCAGGAUUUAUUCCCUAAUUUAGAAGUGGAGCAUCUUAUCAAACAGGGUUCAGAUCACUCUCCCCUAAAAAGGGUGAGUAAGGCACUAUCUAAAUGGAGUAAGGACUCAUAUGGAGACAUAUUCAGACAGAUAGAUACUCUGGCAGAAGUGGUACAGAACCAUGAGCAAGAAUUUGAGAAUAAUCCUACCAGUACUAACAGAGAAAGACUACAAACGGUGCAAGCUGAUUCAAUCAACUUAUAUGCAGUAGAGGAAAAGUUUUGGAAACAAAAAGCAGGAAUGCAAUGGUUUGUGGAUGGGAUAGAAACACAAAAUUUUCCACGCACAUGUUAA